CAUAUCACUUGUCACGCACUGUUCGGCACAAUGAUGAGGAAGCAUUUUGGGCUGUUGGUAUCCCAAGCAUAUAGGACCACCCACAAGUUCCAUUGGUUGCCACACCAUGUUGGUUAUGGGGACGCAUCAAUAGUUCGAUCGUGUUUAUGUGAGGGUCACCGGUUGUGUAACCUGUGUACCGAACCUAACUGUCGGAUAUGCUUCUGCGUGUUGGGUGUUGGUGGUGGAUAUAUGUAGGGAUAUAUGAGGACACCCACUCAAAGGAUGGAAGUCUAGUUUAUAUAGAUGGUGUCUUGUGCGUUGUUGAUUGUAUUGUUACUUUUGUCGAUGAUCUCUACUCAAGGUACCUUAGUUUGUUUUGAAACCUUCUAUAUCAUACAAUGACACUCUCUGCGGAGCCUAACGGGUUGAAUGGACGUGCCGUCAAUGGCAAUGGCGUCAAUGGUCAUGAGCCUAGGCCUUUCGUUUUGAAGGAUACACCUGUUGAAAAUCUCCGUCCGCUUCGAGUUAUCGUUGUUGGCGCUGGAUUCUCCGGGAUACUGGCUGCGAUUAGGAUCCCCGAGCGACUGAGAAAUGUGGAAUUGGCGGUGUAUGAGAAGGCGGAUGGUGUUGGGGGAGUGUGGCAUGCGAAUAAAUAUCCCGGGGUGGCCUGUGAUGUUCCUUCAUACUCCUAUCAGUACACCUUCGCCCCAAACCCCAACUGGAGCGCGCUUUAUGCCCCUGGUAGCGAGAUACGGGAGUAUCUUGAAGAUGUAGCUACCCGCUUUGGGGCAAUGAGAUUCAUCAAACUCAGUCAUCGAGUGGAAGGUGGUGAAUGGGAUAACGUGGCCAAAAAAUGGAACGUCAAAGUCCACAAUAUAACAACCGGCGAGACCUUCACCGACAGCGCCAACAUCCUCGUCACAGCCCGCGGCCAGCUCAGCGAACCCUCCUGGCCCUCCAUCCCCGGCCUGGACACCUUCACCGGCAAAAUAAUGCAUUCUGGGGCCUGGGACACGAGCUAUGACUUUAGCAACAAACGCAUCGGAGUCAUAGGCAACGGUUCCUCCGCGAUUCAAAUCAUCCCCCAGCUCCGAAAGAUCCCGGGCACCCAGCUGAAAUGCUUCAUGCGCUCGCCAACGUGGAUUUCUCCGGAAUUCGGUGACCAAGGCAUGGCAGAACUCGGCUUCGACCCCAAGCAAAAAUCCACCCUCCGCUCCGACCCUCAACUCUUCCUCAAAUUCCGCAAAGUCUUUGAAGACCUAGGCAACACAAUCCAGUCAACUACCCUCCUCUCCCACCCAGACCAGAUCUCUUCCCAAGCCUUCUUCCACUCGUCCAUGACAGCCAAACUCUCCUCCCGCCCCGAUUUACUCCGGCUCAUAAUCCCCACCUUCGCCCCCGGCUGCCGUCGCGUAACCCCCGGCCCCGGAUUUCUGGAUUCCCUCCUCGAGCCAAACGUAACCGUGAUCCCCUCCCCCAUAACAUCCAUCACCCCCACUGGCAUCGUCACCUCUCCCUCUUCCCACCAUGAAUUCGACGCCAUAAUCUGCGCCACCGGCUUCAACGUCGGCACCGCACCCCCCUUCCCCCUCUUAGGGCGCAACUCCCUCACCCUAUCCCAACACUGGUUCCACCACCCCGAAACCUACCUCUCAAUCACAACUCACAACUUCCCCAACCUCUUCUUCCUCUUCGGCCCCAACUCCGCCAUCGGCUUCGGCUCCCUCACCAAAAUCCUCGAAGCCCUAGUCGACUACCUAACCUCUUACAUCCGCAAGCUCCAAAAAGAAGACUACGCCUCCAUCGAGCCCAAACCCGAACGCGUUGCCGAUUUCGAGUCCUACACCCAGGCUUACUUCAAGAACACGGUCUACAUGGACAAGUGCCAUUCCUGGUACAAAAGGGGGGAUAGGAUCGUCGGUCUCUGGCCGGGGAGCACGCUCCAUGCUUUGGAGACGCUCAGGAGUCCGAGGUGGGAGGACUAUGACUAUGAGGGGUUGGAAGAUGGGAAUAAUAGACUGGGUUGGUUGGGGAAUGGGUGGAGUGUGACCCAGACUGUAACGGAGGAGGGGAAGAGAGGGGGUGAUCCGAGUUGGUAUUUGAAUGAGGAUGAGGCUGAGAUCCCCAAAGAGGGGAGGCCGGAGGAGAACGAGAGGUUGGGGAGGAGGCCUUGGAGCUAUUAGGGGUAGUUCAUACCUACUGUCUUGUCACCUGGUUUUUGAUACAAUGCCCUCGCUCCUUCCCGUCCUG